UGCAGCUGCCCCACCAAACCCAGGUACCCUGGCCCGAUGCGCUAAAUUUUAGCAACAUGGCUUGGCAGUUGCUAUCACCUCGCGCGUUUCUAUCUCGAAUGUCACGAAUGUAACCAUCCCACCUCGGGCGGAGCUAACAUUUGGCGUCGCAAGCGUUCAGCAAUCAUCAUCCCGCUACGGGGCACAAGAGCAUGUUAUGAGACUGCCUUCUAUUCUUUUCUCCAUCCCACUACAGGUCUUGGCUGCCAGGAUACCCAUCACUGAAGAUCGCAGACGGGAAUAGCAACAAUGAGCAGCCUGGACAAGUCCAUUGCUCAGCUUCGAGCAUGCCGUCCGAUUCCCGAGGCAGACGUCCGCGAGCUUUGUCACAAAGCAAGAGAUAUUCUUGUCGAGGAGGGGAACGUUGUGACGGUCACAGCACCCGUUACGAUAUGCGGCGACAUUCACGGCCAGUUCCACGACCUUAUGGAACUCUUCCGCGUCGGUGGUGAUGUACCUGAUACGAAUUAUCUUUUCAUGGGCGACUUCGUCGACCGCGGCUUCUACUCUCUAGAAACCUUCCUCCUCCUGCUAUGCUUGAAAGUCCGAUAUCCCGAUCGCAUGACCUUGAUCCGUGGCAACCACGAGUCUCGCCAAAUAACGACAGUCUAUGGGUUUUACGACGAGUGUCUGAGGAAGUACGGCAGUACAAAUGUAUGGCGGUACUGCUGCGACAUUUUCGAUUACCUUCCGCUGGGAGCCAUCGUCUACGGCGCAUCAAAUACCCUCUCCCCGGGCGACGAAUCAACCUCGGCACAAGAGUAUAUCGACGAGGAUAUCGAAAUCGAAGUGUGCAACGCUAAUGGCGCGAUCAUGAGCCGCUUUCCUCGCCGGCAACAAGAGGAGCCCGCAGCAUCGACGAGUCCCAGCACCGCACCCGUUUCAGCAGGCGGCAGUGGCGCGGGCCCUAGCAGUGGCAGCAUAGGGAAGACGGGACCGCCCGGCUCCGGCGCAUCAGGCUCCAGUGGCGGUUCGAUAGGCAACCCGGCGGGGGCGGUCCUUUGUGUCCAUGGCGGCCUCAGCCCGCUAAUCGACACAGUGGACAAGAUCCGCCUUUUGGAUCGCAAACAAGAGGUUCCUCAUGAGGGUGCCAUGUGCGAUCUACUCUGGUCUGAUCCGGACGAGAUUGAUGGCUGGGGCCUGUCGCCACGAGGCGCUGGCUUCCUGUUCGGCGCUGAUAUUGUCAAAGUAUUCAACCAGCGCAACGACCUCAGUCUGAUAGCGAGAGCUCACCAGCUCGUGAUGGAAGGAUUUAAGGAAAUGUUCGACGCGAGCAUCGUGACUGUAUGGUCGGCACCGAAUUACUGCUACCGCUGCGGCAACGUCGCGGCGUUACUGGAGCUCUCGGAGGACCCAAGCGGGCUCGGCAUCUUCGCGCGGAGCAAUGGCGAGAGAGGCCGGAGCGCCGGGGUUCCGAUUGACCAAUAUCUGGAGCCCAUGGUCGGGCCAGCACGCCGGUACCGCGUGUUCCAGGCUGCGCCGCAGGACUCUCGCGGCAUGCCCGCGAAGAAGCCCGUUGCAGACUACUUCCUGUAACACUAGUGUGCGUAGGGGGUACUAAAUCAUGGUUGCCGGUUUUUUUGGUCCUCUUUUUGGUUGCAGUUUUUACUCGUUUGUUUUUGGGUGUAUGACUACUGCUGUUGCUCAGCGGGUUCAGGGGGCUAUUUCAUCCGCAUGGCGUUGGUUCGAGGACAGCAAAGGAUGAGAGUAGAAAAUAAUAGCGGUUAUAAUUACCACCUGUCUACUCUCCUCUCUUCAUGAAGCACAAUUUCUUCAAGGUUGCGAUCCUGACCUUCAUUUCCGUGCGUUGUUGAUGUUGUGGAGAACUGGCUCUCUGGAGCCCGCUCAGGGGGCUAGUUGAAACAGCUAGGUAGGAUGGCCAAGGGG